AUGCGGAUCUUUCCGACAGCUCGAAAACCGGCGUUUUUGGCCUUUUUUUUCGUCACCGCACUUCUUCUGCUGCAUCGGUAUCGCACCCGCUCCACGUUGAGAUAUGACUUACUCAUUGAGAUCCCUAGCAGUCUGAUACUCCAACGCAGAGCUCUCAGCACCUCCCCGUUCUCGCUGUUCUCCACCCACAACCGGCGCCAGCUCGCAGAAACAGGCCCGCAACACGGAUUCCGUUCGUGGCCAUUGCUGGAAAAAUGUCGCUGGUAUUUCUACAAUACCUAUGCGCAAAACGCUUCCUGGACCAAUGACGAGGUCCUCAAUCGAUUCGAAGAUCCCCGCGCCGACAACUCCCGGCUAUCGCAUAUUUUCGAACGACUGCGAAUGUUCGACACAUGCUUCGUGGAGGGUCACUUGACGAUAACACAAGUGCUGCCGUCCGAUCAGAACUCACUGGACUUCCAUCGUCGCAUGUUCCCGUUUUUAGCGCCUUUUUCAGCACAAAACGACAUCUGGCCUACCAUCUCCCAUCUGAACUCCGGAAAACAACUCCCAGCUAUGACCAAUCUCAACACAGCUGGAGCAACCUCCACCAAGCAGCUGCCAUUCGACAUCGAUCCUUCCCGCUCAUUUUGGGAAAACUGGUCUGCAUUUUCAUCCGGAAAGGGCCUCGUUUUGUCGCUGGCAGAAAGACAUCAGGUUCUUUUUUAUCGGCUCCUACGGGUGCUCGACCAUCUCGACAACAAGUUCCCAAUACAAUUGGUUCAGCAACGAGGAGAACUCUCUCCUGGGUUCUUGGAGUCCCUCAGCAAAUUUCUGCAUACCACAAACCAGCAGGUGUAUGUUGUUGAUUGUGGACCAACUUUGAACGACGUCUACGCCAAGCAUAUGACGUAUUUCGUCAACAAAUGGAUCGCAACCAUUUUUAACACUUUCUCGGAGUUCAUCUUACUCGACGCCGACGUGGUACCUUUUGUCGACCUGGCAACAUUUUUCGACGAUCGUCAAUUUCAAAAUUCGGGCUCCCUCAUGUACAAGGACCGCGACCUAACAAAUGAAUUCACAUUUGAUUACUGCAUUGAAAUGUUCAAGUACUUGGAACCUUCAGCGGAAGCCGUUUUGCUAAUGGACCAUCGCAUGAAAGCCAAUGUGUCUGUUGUGGACCCCUUGAUGAGUUCUAACACCGGCUCUGAAGAGGAGCUGAUCUACAGCAGAUUUUUCUACAACAAAGUGCUCCACAACGUUGACAGCGGUCUCGUGGUAAUGAAUAAAGUACAAAAAUUGCCCAGUCUAGUCAUGUCUUUCUUCAUGAACCUAGAUUCCAAGGCCAGUAAUUGUGUUUACGGCGAUAAGGAGCUUUUUUGGAUUGGACACUUAUUUAGCGGGAAGGACUACUCUGUCGAUGCAAACUAUGGCGCAGUGGUGGGACCCAUACAGACUCACGACAAUUCAGAUCGCAAAAACUACAAGGUAUGCGCCACGCAAAUGGGCCAUGUCAACGCAGGAAAAGAGCUUCUAUGGACUAACGGUGGGUUGAAGACUUGCAAAAUACCAACGGCCGCAGAACAGGAUUUUCAAUCGAAGCCCAGCUAUUUUGAAGCCCAUUAUAGCUCUGUGCAACAACUACAAGAGCUAUAUCAAGCUCCUCUCGUUAUCGAUGGCUAUAUUACGCCUGAGAUCGCGACGGAUCCGUGGCUCAAGGGAAAUGAAUGCUGCGAGUACGCAUAUUGUGCUACAGCAAACAUUCCCAGGGACCAAGACAUCGAGAGCCGUGAUAACAUCGCAGUUUUCAACAAAUCCAUGAAGGCACAUUACAAUGAAAUCGCUUUCAUAUGGAACCACGAACUAAAUGCAUAG